GCAGUUCGUUACGAAGGAGUACUUGCUGAAACUGGUGAAGUCUUUGACUCAACACAUGAAGACAAUACUCUAUUCUCCUUUGAGAUCGGAAAGGGCUCGGUGAUCAGUGCUUGGGACACUGCAUUGAGAACUAUGAAGGUUGGGGAGGUUGCGAAAAUCACAUGUAAGCCAGAAUAUGCCUAUGGCAGCACGGGUUCUCCGCCCGAUAUCCCACCAGAUGCAACCCUUAUUUUUGAGGUGGAGUUAGUUGCAUGCAAACCAUGCAAGGGCUUUUCAGUGACCAGUGUCACAGAAGACAAGGCUAGGCUUGAGGAGCUGAAGAAGCAAAGGGAGAUAGCUGCCGCAACCAAAGAGGAAGAGAAGAAGAGGAGGGAAGAAGCUAAAGCUGCAGCUGCUGCUCGUGUUCAAGCCAAGCUGGAUGCUAAGAAAGGUCACGGGAAGGGAAAGGGAAAAGCAAAAUGAACAGCUUUAUAAGGAAUACUCGAGUAGAUCAUAACUCGGUUUUCCUUCAUACGCCUCUUAAACUUGGCUAGGAUCUUAACCUUGAGUAUUAUGGAAUAUUAGUUAAGACCAGACUUCCCAUACUUGAUGGUGUGCUUGGAUAUAUUGUAUAAGCAUUCUAUAUUAUGCUUGUUGGCUUCGUUUUGAGGGAGCAAAACUGACUAGAAAGGAGAAAGUAUGUAGUACAUCGACUCUGAUGAAUGGCAUUUUGAUUACGAUAACUUUCU